AUGGCAGCUCGACCAUUGGAGACGUCAACCUCAACACCUAACAAUGCACCACUCAACAUUGUGACUACCUCUAAUUCCAUCUCUAACAACGAUAAUAAUAACAAGCCAUCUCCUGCACCUUCUAAAUCCACCACUCGACCUCCCGUCCGCCUAUCUCUUCCCACUCCUCCCUCAAAGAUAGCUUCAGUUUCAUCAGUUACUAAUAAAAUUAGACAGGCGAGUCUAAGCGUAACACGACGCGCAGGGGAUGACGACUCCGCACGGGAUCAUCAACGCAGACGACAAAGUACCGUUGGAGGUUUUCCAUCGGUUCGAGAGGACGACAGCCAUAGAAUCUCGGCCGCAGCGGCCCCGAAUUCUAAGGCAACGACGGCGGUAAACCAGGCCACGAAAACCAGGCAGUCCCGAUUGUCGAGUACUCUGAGGCGUAGUGCGAUACCGGACAGGGGAUUGCCCCCUGCUGCAAAGAAGCGGCUGUCGUUCCCUCCGAAGGCAAGUAAUAAUAUGAUACGGUCAAGUCCUCCAACGGCGGAUAAGUUGAAGAAAGAAGGGAAACUUAGGAAUGGAGGAGAGGCUGGCAAUGGCGGUGGAAAAGAGCUGUUAUAA